GGGUGGGUGGUGCUUAAACCACACCUUUGCAGGUCUAGGCCAAAGCCAGAGUUUCGACAGCAGUUAGUUGAACUGCACUAGCUGAACAGAUCCAGCGAUGAGGCCGUUUACUUGUGUCCCUCUCCUCGUCCUCCUCUCCCUCUUGAGCCUGUCGACUGGAAAAAAGGCAGAGAAAGGAUUCAGGAUAUGCGCAUUCAAUGUGGAGAAGUUUGACAAGGAAAAGGCAGCAAACUCAAUAACGUUGCACUUUCUGACGCGGAUUGUGGCUCGCUGUCAUAUCACCCUCCUGCAGCAUGUGGUGGAUCCAGAUGGUGAAGUCAUCAAAACUCUACUGUCUUCACUCAACAGCCUGGAGUCUGAAAGAUAUGAUGGCACGGUGUUCAACUCCACAUCCAGUGACAUCCUGGGGAAGUCGCCAGAUGACAUGCAGCAAUAUGUGUUUAUCUGGAGGCAUAACGCGGCAAACCUGACAAAGAAACAUCAAUACCAGAGGAAGGAUUCCUUCGUCAGACCGCCAUUUGUCGUGCAGUUUCAGAGCAAUAAGACCUUAAUCGGAGACUUUAUACUGAUUCCCCUCCACUCUGAACCCUCGCAAGCCGUCCAAGAGAUUAACGGCCUGUACGAUGUGUUUGAGGAAGUCAGCUCCAUGUGGAAUAACACAAACGUGAUGUUCCUGGGGGAUUUCCAUGCCAGCUGCGGCUACGUGACCCGAUCUGACCGAAAAAACAUCCGUCUGUAUACAAACUCCAGCUUCUCUUGGUUGAUUGGAGAACUAGAGGACACCACCGUCACCGACUCCACAAACUGUGCAUAUGACAGGAUUGUGGUGCAUGGACAGACCUUCCUGAAGGCCAUUGAGCCGUACUCAGGAAAAGUAUUUAACUUUGGCAAAGAAUUUAAAUAUUCUAAGACUAAGGUCCUGGAGCUAAGCCAACACUUCCCAGUGGAGGUGAGGCUGAAAGCCUCUGGCCUUCUGCAUCAGGCCACGCCCCUUACAAUCAUCUUGUGCGUCUCUGUGGUGGCGCGCUUUCUCCUUCCUGUUUCGUGAUCAGCGGCUGGAUUCCAGGGCUCCAAAAUCCCCUCGGAGUCUUUAGUUUCUUUUGGUUUGAAUGUAUAGUCUGUAAUAGUCUGUUUUUCUCAGUUGGGGCUCCUGCAGCACAACAACCGAGACAAUCAGCAGCUCCAGAUCUGCGCAACAAAUCAGUGAAAACCGAGUUUACGCAGCACGCUCUCCCUGUUGGUUAAAAGCAACAAGAUUUGAUUCUAUACACCUGAUUGAACUGGCUGCUGAUUCUUUUUCUUUAAGUGUAUGAUUUUGGUUUGCUGUUGCCUCUGGAACCUCCAAGAUUUCGGGUUUUAUCAGAAGUGCCAUCAAGCAGUUUCAUUCCAGGAAAUCAAACCAUUGCCACCUGACAGACAGGAAGCAGCUGUGACCUGGUGGAAAGGACAUUAUUUCCUCUGAAAGCUCUGAAACCUAUAGAACAUUUUUCUCACUUUGUCUUUCUCAAACCUUUAGCCAACAAUUCUUUAUUUUUGGAACAGAGAUUUAAGUCUGGAAUGACUCUUUUAAUGUCCUUGAUUGUGUGUGUUUUUUUUUUUUUAACAAACUCAACUUUUUAAGUCAAUAAAUUUGUUUUACUGUAUUUUAAAAAUGCUGUUUGUGGUCUGUUUGGUUUUGCAGCAUGGAAAGUUUAGAUCAGUUUGAAUCGGCAGACAUAAAUUUACACCUUUAAAGUUAUGGGAACCCUGCAUAGAACAUGAACGUGAUUGUUGCAGGAGUCUCGCUGAUCCCCGUCUACCUGAUUACAGGGACUACAGUAGUUUUCUUACAUUUAUUUCAUUUAAUAACUAAUAUAAUUAUAACAGUUCAUAAAUGAAAAGGGGAAGAAGGAAGAGAACAUACAUUUUCUGCCCCCAUCACUACAUCAACAAAAAUAAUUCAAAGUACAUUGAAGCAAAUGAAAAGGAUCUUAACAUAAGUAUUAAAUAAACAGAAAUACAUACACACUUAUCCACCCAUUUAUCUACACAAACCCUUAUUGAAUCUUACACACAGGUUUAGUGGCAUCACCUACUCAGUUAAAUAGAUUGUCUUUUCUUGAUAAAUGCUUCUGCACACGAAAUAUAUUUGCUAAACAUCUCAUUUUUAGUAAGACUUUUAAAGGCGGCAGUUGAUUUAGUAUUUUUAGUUUCUUUUUCCAAUUUAUUCCACAUGUUGGUCCGUUACUGAAAUAGACCUCUCCAAUGCCUUUGUUCUAAAUCUUGGUUUUCUGGAUAUUUCAUGUCCUCUUAAGUCAAAAUGUCUUUUAUUGACUUUAACCUGUAUAUUGAGGGGAAAUCAUGUCUAUUCUGCUUUGUACAUAGAUUUGAGAAUUUUGAAAUCAACUAGGUCACUAAAUGUUAAUAUUUUCCAUUUACUGAAUAGUGGUCUUGAUGGGUCUCUAUAUAACCAUUCUUAAAGCCAUUUCUUGUAAUGUUAAGAUUGGGUUAAGUAUGUUUUAUAAUUAGUAUCGCAAAUUCCUAUCCAGUAUUGGAGAUGUGGAGCAAUAGGAGUUGUAGAGUAAAUGUAAUGCUUUGUGAUUUAGGGACCAUUCCAGCCUGUGUAAAGUAGCAAUUCCUUUGGCUUUGUUUGAUUUUAUACCACUAAAGUGAAGUUUCUAAGAAAACUUGUCAUCAAUUAUUACACCUUUAACUUUAUUUCAUCUACCCUUUUAAUGGUAGUGCCACCUAUGUUUACAGAAAUAGUAUUGUUCUUAUUUCUAUUACUGAAUAAAAUAUGUUUGACAGCCUAAAGGUAAUUUAUUCGUAUCCAACCAUUCUUUUAUCUUUACUAACUCUGUAUUACUUUAAUUGCCUGCUCUAGAUUUAUACCUUUACAAAAAAAAGGUUUAUCAUCUGCAAAUAAUAUAGAUUUUAAGUAUUUGUAUGUGCUGGCAAUAUCUUUUAUGUAAAGAAUAAAUAAUUUGGGACCCAAGACUGA